AUGUUCAAGCACCUUGCGAGCAAUACAUUUCAUCAUGAUCGUUCCUGUCAAGGGCAGUUUUGCUUGUGGAUGUAUUACGGAAGAGUGGACGAAUUCUCACCUUGCAAAAUGAUUUGGAAAAAGGUUUCAGUCCGCAAACACAUGAUGCAUCAUGAAAUACGGAAAGCCUAUUUUUCAAAAGCAACGACUUGCAAUGCUGCUACCACUACAAAUUCAACCGAUAUGGCAAAUGCAAAACAUUUCAAAACUAGUACAAAUUGCCAUGAUAUUGAAGACCACCUCUGUGGCAACCAAUAUCAAGCAAAGAUUAAUCCCGAUAACUCUCCAUCAACACCUCAGAAUGAAGAAAGCCUUUCAAAAAAACCAUCCAAUAAUCAAGAUGCUACUACUACUUCGAGCAUACACGUAGAUAAUUUAUCCCUCUCACCAUUCAAAACGUUUAUGAAACGGUCAUCCAUGAUUCUCUCUAAACCAAACAUUGUACUUAAUAAGAAUGUCUUUCCUACGCUCGCUCCAUCAAACAAAGCUGCUUUAAAAUUUAUGACUAACUCUCCUGAAGAGCAAAAGAAAGUACUGAAUGUCGAACAUCAACACCAACAACGAAUAUCUACUUCACAAAGCUCUUCGGAACUACUCGAGACGGCGGCUAAUGCUGACUCGUCUGCAACCUUACAAAGAACAAAAACCACUAAACCAACUCCUGAACUCGAUUCAUUUCUUUCUCAGUGCCAAUAUGAUAAAAUUAGACUUUUUAAAGGAAAGAGCCAAGAUGAAGAGUUAAUUAGGCAAUAUUUAGAGUUUAUAGAGCCUUAUCCAUCAAUAAUUGUUCUCAACAAUAAGCUUGACAAUCUUGCAAAGAGACAGAAGCAUUCACAAUCAGAGUCAAUAUUCAAAGAAUUAAUUUAUUAUUUAGCAGUGUUAAACGUUUAUCAUUUGGCAGAUCACGGAAUUACUGUGCUUCGGCCGAAUCAUUUCACCAUGAAUAUAAUGAUGAUGAGUUACAUGACGGUGGGCAACGUGAACGCAGUACAAGCUCUCUAUGAUUCCAUUCAAUUAUGGACUAGGAAACAGCCAAACUAUAUCAAUUUUAUAACAUUGUUAACGUCCUUUUGUAGAGCUGGUAAUUUUCAAGCUUUAUCAAAAUAUUUUGAGGAAUUUGUAGAUGGAAAAUUGGACUUUGUUCGAAAUUUGCAACAGCAGCCAAAUCUUCCAUCAAGUGUAUUUUCCGUAGUCUUUAAAUCUCUUUUAGACAUGGGAGAAUUAUCAGCAUUAGAAAGCACAUAUGAGAAAUUCAUUGCCAUGCAACUAAAACCUUGCCUUUACACACAGAACAUUAUGAUCAAUUUUUACAGGAAACAGAAAAAUUAUUCAAAAUGCUUGGAACUAUUUGAACAGUAUCAGCAAAUUUGCGAGCCAGAUCGUAAUUUGAUUCACAGCAUAAUGAUUGUGUACGGAGAGAUGGGAGAGAUCCAGCAAGUUGAAAAACUGUUUGCAAAAAUAGGAAACAGCACUACAGAUUUUACAUUCACAAUAAUGACAAACGCAUAUUGUGCUUCUGGGCUCGUGGUUCAGGCAGAAGAAUUCUUCUCAAGAGUGGUGCAUCGAGACGAUAAACUCCUAUUCUCAAUGAUGCGAAUGUAUUCAAAAUUAGGCCUUUUAGAAAAGCUUCAAGAAAUGUUUGACCUUGUUGGAAAAAAAACAGUCGAGUGUAUUUCUUUGUAUAUUGAUGGUUUGGCGCAAUCUGGAAACUAUUCAAGAGUUGAGGAAUGGGUGAAACAAAUACCUAAACAUUUACAAAAUUCUGGCACGAUAUGGUCCUGUCGUUUACAAAGUGCAGUGAAAUCGAUCAAUGAGUUUGCAGAUCAUGAGGAGUAUUUGCGAGUUGUGAAGAGGAUUUUUCAUGACAGACCUAAAAUUUUGACGCCCAAAAAGCACAGAUAUGCGAACAAGUUACUCGAACGUGCUCUCAGUAUUCAUCUUGCCCGACGAUCCAUGAAGUUCGAAGCUGAGCAUGCCCUCAAACCCAUCGAGGAGUCUAUCGACGAAGUUUACCGACAAUUUGCCGAGGAACAGGUCCAACAAGCGAAAAGUGGCUCGGAAGAAGCAAAAUUCCAAACCUGGACACCCAGAAAGGAACAACUGGCACUGAACAAGAACAGUAUUUAUAGACCAGAUUAUGUGUCUCCAUAUGAACAGUUUUUGAAGAAUUAUGAUGCACGAAAGAAACUCAAAUUGACUGAAGAAUAA